AUGCUCCCGGCCCGGAUGAAUCCACAGGUGCAGCCAGAGUGCAGUGGGGCUGGCCAAGGCCCGGGGCACCCGCCGCCACCUCUGCAACCCACUCGGAAAGCUGUGGAGCUGGUGCUGGUGAAGGAGCAGAACGGGGUUCAGUGCGUCCUUGCGCCCCGAGGCGGGGACUCGCAGCCCCGGGAGACCUGGGGCAAGAAGAUCGACUUCCUCCUAUCUGUGAUCGGUUUUGCGGUGGACCUGGCCAACGUUUGGCGUUUUCCCUAUCUCUGCUACAAGAAUGGUGGCGGGGCUUUCCUGAUCCCAUAUACCCUGUUUCUCAUCAUUGCUGGGAUGCCUUUGUUCUACAUGGAAUUGGCUUUGGGCCAGUACAACCGGGAAGGGGCUGCUACUGUGUGGAAAAUCUGCCCAUUUUUCAAAGGUGUCGGCUAUGCUGUGAUCCUCAUCGCGCUAUAUGUGGGCUUCUACUACAACGUCAUCAUUGCGUGGUCUCUCUACUACUUGUUCUCUUCAUUCACCCUUAAUCUCCCCUGGACCAACUGUGGCCACCCAUGGAACAGCCCAAACUGCACAGAUUCCAAGCUCCUCAAUGGGUCCAUGUUAGGCAAUGGAACCAAAUACUCCAAGUACAAGCAUACGCCAGCAGCUGAAUUCUAUGAGCGUGGUGUGCUCCACCUUCAUGAAAGUGAUGGAAUUCAUGAUAUUGGCAUGCCCCAAUGGCAACUCUCUCUGUGCCUAAUGGUGGUUGUCAUCAUCCUCUUUUUCAGCUUGUGGAAAGGAGUGAAGACAUCAGGAAAGGUUGUUUGGAUCACAGCCACUUUGCCCUACCUUGUACUCUUUGUGUUGCUGAUUCAUGGAAUCACCCUGCCAGGUGCCUACAAUGGAAUCACUGCCUAUCUGCACAUUGAUUUCCGAAGACUAAAGGAGGCCACGGUGUGGAUUGAUGCAGCCACUCAGAUAUUCUACUCAUUAGGAGCUGGAUUUGGUGUUUUAAUUGCAUUUGCCAGUUACAACAAGUUUGACAACAACUGUUACAGGGAUGCUCUGCUAACUAGCACUAUAAACUGUGUCACAAGUUUCAUCUCUGGAUUUGCCAUCUUCUCCAUAUUGGGCUACAUGGCUCAUGAACAUAAGGUCAAGAUUGAAGAUGUGGCAACAGAAGGUGCUGGCUUGGUUUUCAUCCUUUAUCCAGAAGCCAUCUCCACCUUGUCAGGAUCCACCUUCUGGGCCAUAGUGUUCUUCGUCAUGCUGUUGGCCCUGGGUAUUGAUAGCUCGAUGGGAGGCAUGGAGGCUGUCAUCACUGGCCUUGCAGAUGACUUCCAGAUCCUGAAGCGGCACAGGAAACUUUUCACAUUUGCUGUCACCUUUGGCACUUUCCUGCUGGCUCUGUUUUGUAUUACAAAGGGUGGAAUAUAUGUGUUGACAUUGUUGGAUACAUUUGCUGCAGGGACCUCCAUCUUAUUUGCUGUUUUAAUGGAAGCCAUUGGUGUUUCAUGGUUCUAUGGUGUGGACAGAUUCAGCAAUGAUAUUCAGCAGAUGAUGGGGUUCAAACCAGGGCUCUACUGGAGGCUCUGCUGGAAAUUUGUGAGCCCAGCCUUCCUGUUGUUUGUGGUGAUUGUCAGCAUCAUAAACUUCAAGCCCCUCAACUAUGAUGACUAUGUCUUCCCUUUGUGGGCCAACUGUGUGGGCUGGGGCAUUGCCCUCUCCUCCAUGGUACUAGUACCUGUCUACAUUAUCUACAAAUUCCUGAGCUUGAAGGGCUCCCUAAGAGAGAGACUGGCUUACUGCAUAACUCCAGAAAACGAGCACCACCUUGUGGCACAAAGGAACGUCAGGCAGUUCAAGCUCCAGCACUGGCUAGCGAUCUGA